AUGGCGGAAGAAAGGGAGCCCCGCGACCCACCGCCUCCCCCACACCACGAGUGGACCUACGAGGAGCAGUUCAAGCAGCUCUACGAACUGGAUGAGGACCCGAAACGCAAGGAGUUCCUGGACGACCUCUUUGGUUUCAUGCAGAAGAGAGGGACGCCUGUGAACCGCAUCCCCAUCAUGGCCAAGCAAGUGCUGGACCUGUACACACUGUACCGACUGGUGACGGACAAGGGUGGCCUGGUCGAAGUCAUCAACAAGAAGAUCUGGCGGGAGAUCACCAAGGGCCUCAAUCUACCUACCUCCAUCACCAGUGCUGCCUUCACCCUCCGCACGCAAUAUAUGAAGUACCUGUACCCCUACGAAUGUGAGAAGCGGGCACUCAGCUCUCCUGGGGAGCUCCAAGCCGCCAUUGACAGCAACCGUCGGGAGGGACGGAGGCAGACUUUCGGCACGGCGCUCUUCAACUACUCGCCAGCCAGCACCCCAACCCUGCUGGGCUCCCCCAAAAUGCCUUUGCCGGGUCUUAGCAUCUCCACACACAGCUGCGGCCAGCUCGGCCAAGUGCACGCUGUUAAGAAAGAGGACGGCAUGCUGGCGGCAGCGGUGCCGGGGCGCAUCGCUAUCCCGGUGGGACUAUCCGGCCACCAUCUCGCAGCAGCCCAGGCAGCAGCCGCCUCACAGGCAGUGGUGCUGGAGCAGCUGCGGGAGAAGCUGGAGACGGGGGAACCCCCAGAGAAGAAGGUGGCCCUGACAGCGGAGGAGCAUCAGCGGCUGGUGCAACACGCACUGCAGCACAACCUCCUGGCCGUCACCUCCCAGUUCCCCAUGAACGUCAAGAUCUCCAACCGAGAUGACAGACAGGAGACUGCAUUGAACCUGUCCACCAACGGCAUUAGCAGUAUCAACAUGUCAAUAGAAAUAAAUGGAGUUGUCUACACAGGCGUCCUGUUUGCCCGCCGGCCCCCAGGCCCCCCGGCACCCGGUGGAGGGAGCACUCAGAGCCGGCCGAACCCCAUGCCCGACCCGAACCCACUGCUCCCAGCCCCUCCACACAGCCACACUCCCACCAGCACCUCGCUGUAG